AUGCAAAUAAUCACGCCGGUCAUUCGGGCCUUCCAGUUCCUCUUCGCCAUCGUCGUCCUUGGCCUCUCGGUUACCCUUGCCAAAGGCCAACGAUAUGGCUCCGUGCCUGCUGCCACAGGGUACGCAGCUUUUGCAGGGGGUGCUGGUAUUCUGGCGGCCUUGGUCGGAUGCGCCGCUCUCUUUGUCAACGCUCUUGAUGGCAUUGUCAGCUGGACCGUCGACGCUGUAGCAAGCCUUGCCCUUCUGGCAGGUGGCAUUGAAUUCGCCGUCCUUCUCCGUGGCACCAGCUGCUCCAAUAUCGAAACGACUUGGGACAAUGUGUUGCUGAGUGGAGGCUGCACCACCAUUGAUCACCAAAAGACCUGCAUGUCCAGCCCGAGCAAGCUGAAGAGCAGAUGCACAUCCGCCAAAGCGGAUGCUGCGUUUAUGUUUAUCGAUUUCGUGGUAUGCGUCGCCGUUCUCGCCUGUUCUUUCUUGCUAUCGCGCAACCGCAGGUCGAUCAAGGCUGGGGUUGUUUAA